AUGUUGGAAGAAAUUCAUACAGAAGAGAUAGUACUUAUCUCUGAAGACUCAGUCGACUGUCGCGACUUCCAUCUGCGGAAGAAAGCAAUGAAAAUUAUGGAGCAGGCAGAAGAGGAUGACCGUUCGUCUGCUAGAUUAGCGAAAAUCAUAACUAUCAAAAUUGGAGCCCGAAUCAUGUUAAGACGAAACAUUGAUGUGACCAUCGGUUUAGUCAAUGGAACAAUUGGUGUUGUAACAUCUAUCGCCCAAUCCCUUGUGAAAGUAAAAGAAUACAUCAACUCCAUCACCAUAAAAUUGGAAUCUGGACGACAGUUUCCAAUUUGUCUGAGCUAUGAAAUGACAAUACAUAAGAGCCAGGGUUUGAGUUUACGCAAUGCUGUCAUCGAUAUACGACAAACAAUAUUUUCUUAUGGUGAAACUUACGUAACUUACGUUGCGCUACAAGAGUAA